GUAAGAAAUAUUCUAAAUAUAGAAAUAAAUAUACUAGACAUCCCUAAUUUUGGAAAUAAAUUGAUCCAAUUUUGAAGGAUGGGAGAGUCCACUAGGCAUAAAUGGGUUAAUAAAAGCAAAAGUUCACUUGCCUUGAUACAAAGGAAGUAUAUAUCAUGUGAAUUGUGGUAAAGGGUUUAUUUAAACAAUUGUUUCCUGUUCGUCUUUUGUAAAGCCACGUCAACGCACGGACGGCAUCAAUGGCUCGCAGACAAAGUUACAGUGUUGGCGGUUUUGUGGCAAAUAUUUCAGCUGCAAAUCAAUAGUGUACAUAUUGGAUUUAUAGAACCUUGCAAAUUGAAGCAAAUAAUCUUUUACUUUUAAUCGUGUAUAUUCAAAUCAAUUGGGUAGUGUCGAAUAGGCGGAAAUAAUUGUAUAGUUAUACUAUAUCAUGCGAUAUAGCAUUUUAAAUUAAGUGUAUACAAAGUGGGGAAAGUAAUUGAUACGUUGUAAUGACAGACUGAUAUAAUUGCCGAUUGAAAUUGCUGUAUUAAAAUACGAUUCAGUAUUUUUUCGAAGGAUUUGCACGUUACGUUGAAAGAAUGAGACCAAUAGACCGCUCAUGUCUUCUGAACAAACAAAAGGGUAACAUAUAUGCGCAAUUAAGUAGUACAAGAGCUUAAAUUUAUCGACAAUUUAAAAGAACGAUACAUGAAAUUUAUUAGCGCUUCGGGGAAAGUUGGAACUUAACGGAAUAGUAUUGUUUAUUGCAUCGCGGAUGUGAAUAAAUUGAUUGAAAAUGAGCUUUUCGUAAUAAACGAGAAAAGUUACUCAGUAAAAUCUGAAAAAGUCUUCUUGUCAACAGAACCUUUCAAGAAAGAUAUGUGUUCUCAAAUUUUGCACACAGGCACACUUUCCAAAAGGUUAAUCGCAGGAUUAUUUUGUUUAAAAAGUUGUUUAAGCAGUCCAUACACACCACUAGCUGGAAUUACUACUUACGGUACUCUUGAAACGCUGUGAUGCCCGUGGUUGUGGCAACAGGAUCCGUCUCUCUCGGACAUACGGACAAAAAGGACAACACGGAGCACAGAAAGUUACCCAGACCAAUAAUGUUCUGGAGCGUGAACGAGAAGACAGCGUACCGCCGGAACCACGUCGUGCAGAUCCGGAUGAACAAGCUGAUGAGCGACAUCGCCAUGCAGCGUAACAGCGCCCGGAAUUCCAUUCGCUUCGAGGCGCACAAGUUCCGUAUGAGGCGUAACCGCUUCUACAGUCACCCAUUGGACAGCACGUCUGGAUACUCGAAGCCGAGUGGAAGUCACAUCGCGCCGCCCAACUGGCGACCACCGAGCGUGUGCAGCUUCAGUAUACCCAAUAGCUCUAAGAGUGAUGAUGCGGUUGACUCGAGCCGUGGCCCGCGAAAAGCUGUGUUGUCUCCAAGGAAACAGGGCAUCAUAACGCGGGCCACCAAACCGUCCGUGACGUUCUCUGCCUACCGGGACGCUCAGUGUAACGAGGACGAUCGUGAUGUAGAACCGGAAGUGACCUCCCUGGGCUCGGAAAAGAACGCGAAGCGCGAUGCACUGUUCCGCAGCGUAUCUGCUGUCCAACAUCGGGAGAUCCCGGAUCUGCCCGGUCAGAGUCGUCAGCAUAGCGCAAUUCCGGCAGCGUGGACAUGUGCUGACCCCAAUCGGGCGCAAAUUGUACGGGAACCUACACAUAAUAUUGAUUUAAAAGUGAACUGUUCCAGAACAGCGAGUGAACAGUUUAAACGCCGAUCCGACCUCUAUUUCGACCGAGCCAAUGCCGCCUACCAACUCCGACAGGACCUCCGGAGGCGCGCGAAGCAGCGAAAGCAGGAGGUGCAGACGGCGUUAUUCACACUGCAUGACGCGCUGGUACAGGAGCGGGUGCAGUUUUUGAGGAGCACGGAGAGGGUGGUGGACUACUUGCGGCGAGUGGUAGAGAUACAGCGAACGGAGCGGCCUGCGAUGAACAAGUACACACGGGACGCUAUCGUACAACAACUUCACAUCUGAACAUUAGCGAGGAAAGACUCUAUACCAAGACGAACUAUCGUGAUUAAUUUUCAUGAAGAUGUAUUUUAAAUUCCUGAUUAUGUUAACGACUCGUUAAUCUUUAGCAAUACUCAUAAGAUCUUACUGCCUCUCGGGAAUUUUCUAUCAGCUUCGACCUGCCGAGCUGAUCUGUGUACGACAUGCCACCACUACGAAGUCCUUUUUAACAAUCGUCAUUUUACCAGUUAAACGCACCUCGCAAGACAGUGUCCGUGCAAUGGCUAUAGACGAAAACACAUCUUAAAACACUCUAAUCGUGGAAAUAGUAUAGUCCUUAGUAGUGUCUACACAAUCUUAAGAGCGGAGUUGCCGUUAGUUUUGGUGAAAUCAUAAAAGGAAUAAUAAAGGUAAAAUCAGAACAAUUUGUAGUGGAUUUCAAAUGAUCAGCACGAUGGGCGCACACAAACGCUCGAGUCGUCUAUAUGUGAUUAACCAGACUUUGAUUUGUGGAGGUCAUGAUAGAUACUUAACUGUUGUGACAUUUAACAUUAUGAAAACCUUCGGAUUAUAGAAAAGCAUCAUUUGUAUUAAUGUGUACCGAUGGAUAAAUAUAUAUGUGUAAAGUGAAAAUGAAAACACAUUUGUACACACAGAUGUUAGACAAAUAUAGGUACAAUUUACAGUACACUUUUAUGUAUAGACCAACGAGGAUGGUAAAUGUUUCCACAUAUUCUCCUUUAUCUUUGUCACUUGCAAGUCAUUGAAUGUUUACAACACUUUAAUUUACUCAAUGUAUAGUGAUUCGCUUCUUUGUUAAAACAGAAAUCGCGUUACUCAUGGUAAAACAAUGAAAUUACCUAAUUAUAAUAUAUAUAUGUUUAAAUAGUAAAACAUUUGUAAUACCCUUGUGAAAGAAAAUUACGGAUCAAUAUGGAACAUUCCUUGAAAGGAACUGUAUAUGCAUUUAACAGCGUGAACUAUUUUGUUUUCUUUUUGCAAAAUUACAUAUAUAUGUUAAUGUAACAUGACAAAACAUAUAUUAAUACUAUUUCUUAUACGAUAUAUGUGUAUAAAUGCUACUUUCACAUGUAUACUAAUACUUAAAUGUUUCCAACAUUCAUUAAAUCAUAUCAGCAGGCGAAAAAUGUGUAUGGAAGAAAUACAAAAGGUAGUUUAGAUAUUGAUAUUGUUACGAUUGCUUAUAGCAAACAAUUGUCUUUUUUGUUGAUUUUAAUUCCACCUAUGAACAAGUAGUUAAUGUUUGAUCAUAAUUUGUAUUCAAUACUUUCAAAUGCAUUUAUUUCCAUUUUCCUUCCACAAAUAAAAAUUUGAUAGUAUUUAAUGAAAUUUAAUCAAAGAUAAAGGAUGUUUUGAUAGGUGGUAUGCAUGAUGUAUGAACUUUAAUUCUCAAUAAAGGGCACGUCGGAUAA